AUUAAACUGUCAGACAUUGAGCUCGAUCGACAUUGCAGAAGACUACCGACUGACUGGUCUACAAAUCACCUUGCUUCAUAAAAAAACGACUCAUUAUUAUUUGUAGAUCAGUCAAUCGUUCACCAUUUACCCACAAUGCAUCAUGGACGUGAUGCUCUCAAACACGGCCAUGGACUUUAAAGGCUAAGACAUGGUAGAAAGUGCAAACAAUUUCUGUAAGUAUUUGUCUUGAGUACGCAGCUGUCACAAGCCGAAUGAAACAGCUAACGUGGAAUCGUAGCCUAGUGUGUAAGUAGGGGUUGAUGUUGUAGUAGUCUGUCUCAAGGACGUGGAAAUAGGAAGACAAACUCCAGUAGCGAGCGAGAAGGGGACUCGGGUGAAUUGUUAGCUAACGUUACGGGUAUCUUAGAGUGGAUAUCAAGUAUGUCUUGACUACAAAAUACUUAUCAACAUAUCCACUGCAGUACACGAUUUUCAGGCCUCGGCCAAUGGAAGAUGGUGUAGCUAGUUCCAUAAUCUGUAAAACUCAUCUGACAGCUACGGCAAAAGGGGGAUAUUUUCUCGAUUGAAGGGAAUAUAUGGGAUCGCAAGUUUCAUCGGAUGAGAUGAGUGUGCGCGGGGGGCAGGGUAGUGACGAGGUGCUGGUGUCCCAGGCGGUGUGGGACUACCUGGCUGCUGCCGGCCAGCCCUGGCUCAUAGACUUUCAGGACAAGCAGGGCUUGAGCGCCGGCAUCAUCCGCCGAGGGGAGCGGGGAGGCUGCUGCGCAGUGCGGCUACGCCCCAUAGAGGGAUCCCAUUCUGGGGUAGGACCCGGGAUGAUGGAGGAAGGACCCAUCUCCAACGAGACCCGCAAGGCCUUCAUAGACUUAUGCCGCUGCGCCCGCAAAGAGAUGAGCAAACAGGAUGUGGGUCCUAAACGGAAGAGGUCCCUGCUGCCCUGCGUUGGGGUGGGGGUCCUGGAGGGGGAUGGAGAGGGAAGUCUGCUAACACCUCAGCCUCCUCAGCCCAGACGCUCUCAGAGGCAGCAACAGAGAUAUAAGAAGCCAGCGGAGGAAGAGGCCUGUGUGGUCCUCUCCAACUCCACGUCCCACAACGAAUCCGGACAGAGGAAGCAGGACAACAUAGAGGUCAGCUGCAGUAUGAUGGCCUCUUCUCAUAACCACUCCCACAGUGAAGCAGACGACCACACCUCAUGUUCCAUCUGCAUGGGAGACAUGGUGGAGAGGACCACGUUAGAGAGGUGCGGCCACGCAUUCUGCCGGCUGUGUCUGGACCAGGCCUUCAAGGUGAAGAGAGCGUGUCCUGUGUGUCGUCAGGUGUACGGCCAGCUCAUAGGGAACCAGCCUACUACCGGGUGUAUGAUGGUGGAGAGGGACCCAGAUCUGGAGUUGCCAGGACACGAGGGUUAUGGGUGUAUCUGCAUCAUCUACAGCUUCCCACCUGGUUUACAGGCACCGGAGCACCCUAACCCGGGGGUGAGGUACCCUGGGACGGACCGCGUGGCUUACCUCCCAGACAGCCCAGAGGGGAACCGGGUCCUGGGCCUGCUCCGCCGGGCCUUCGAACAGCGCCUCAUCUUCACCAUAGGGACCUCCAUGACCACAGGAAUGCAUAACGUCAUUACCUGGAACGACAUCCACCACAAGACUUCCUUAUGGGGCGGACCACACUGCUUUGGAUACCCAGACCCCACUUACCUGGUGAGAGUGACCGAGGAACUCAGAGAGAAAGGCAUCACUGCAGACUGACCGUACAGAUUCUAGAAUGAUUAUUCUAGGAACACUUUAGGAAUUUUAGGAACCUCUGGCUAUCCUGCCCUGCUGCUGCUGGUGGUUGCUAGGCUGCAGGCUCCUGGACCUAGACCCUGCAGAGCAGCGGAUGAAUACGAGAUGUGACUGGGCCCCACAGCAGCCACAGGAGUACGGCCCAGUAGAGGCCCACUUAUCCCUACAAGACCACUUGAUGGGGUGACUCCUACCUUCCACUUCAGUCGAAUUUUCACUAAUCAUGCAUUGAUGUCAAUUGGAGACCAUUCGACUUAAGUGGAAGUGAACAUUUGUCUAAAGUGGAAUUUAGGAUUCACCCUUAUGUUCCUAUCCUCGUUAUCUAUCUUCCGAGUUCGGCUCAACCCAGCAGCACUUUGUGUGGAAAAAAAUAUACAAAUGAGUGCAGUGCAAUCUCUGUGUGAGCUGUUUUUGGCUGCACUCAUCCAAGUAUUUAUCAUAUAGGGAUUCAUAAUGUGGAGGUACAUACUACUUAAAUAUUAUUUUGAAACCUAAGUUCAAAGAAUAGUCCUAUUUUGUCUGUUUAUAUUAAUGUUUAUUUCCACGCUGAGGGACACAUUCUUUAAUUACCUGUUAAAAACACAUGAUUUGUGCUCUGUCCAGUACGCUCGUAGAAUAAUUAUAUUUUUAUUUAUGUAAUUAUGUUAAUAAUAACCUGUUAUUUACACUGAAUUAAGACAGUACUUGAGAUAGUUGGUGGCAGGCAGAAUAGUACUGUCUGUUUCAAUAGAAAGCUCCUAAAGAAAUAAUACAAUUUCUCUGAAAGGAGUUGCACUCGAAGGCACUUUGUCAAAGAGGGAGGGAGUCCAUCAGUAGUUCAGUCACUGUUAGAGGGGGAGUUGUUCUCUGCAUAGAAUAAGAAUUAUCCUUUUGAAUUAGAAUGAUCAUUCUAAUUCUGUGGUUCUCUGCUUCCACUUCAGGGAACUGGUAGAUGGAAGAAUGCUCUGAGCAAAGCCAGGCAGGCGUUAGUCGUUAGCAGCCGUGAAGCUAAUAGCCUGGUAGCUAUAAGUUGAUGUCAAUUUGCUUAGAGCCCUUAAUUUCCCUUUUGAUCUUCCUCUCCUUUGAUUUCUUCUCCUUUUUACUUAAAUAGGAAGAAUGUUUUCUAUUUGAUGUCUCUCUCUGCUGCACCGUUCGGUUGUAGCUGAUGAACCAGGAAUGUCCAGAUAGACUGACUACUAAGUAUGAGAUUCAUUGUCAUUCCUCACCGUGCCUUGCUCUCUCUCUCCUCUCGGUUAUUUCUCUACUCUAAGAUGUUAUCCCUCCCAGGACCAGGCCCUGUAUUCACAAAGUGUCUCAGAGUAGUAGGGCUGAUGUAGGAUCAGUGUGGCCUUUUCAAUCAUAAUGAAUGAGUAGGGACCCUGAUCCUAGAUCAACACUCAUACUCUGACAAGCUUAAUGAAUAGGAGACCAGGUUUUGAACGGAGUUCAGUUUGAUUUCCAGUCAGCCAGCCAGUCAGUCAGCACUCCUCAUGUUCUAAUAACCAGAUUUACUUGAUGAUGUCAAAUGAGAAGGGCGUGAUGUCGAACCACUUAAACCAAAUCAAAUGCACAAUAGGGCUGUAUAUUUAUUACCUCUGACCCUGGCUGAAAUGGCACCCUAUUCCCUAUAUAGAGUAAAAGUGCCCAUAGGCUUCUGGUCAAAUGUAGGGAACUACAUAGGACUCUGGUCCAAAGUAGUGUAAGGAAUAGUGUGCCAUUUUGGAUGCAAGCCCUAUCUGACCAGGAGAUGUUUGUUUGAUGAUUGUCUCAUAAAUAAUGAGGUAUCUAUCUGCUGUAAUUCACAUUUGUCUUCUACAGGAAUAAUCUAGGAUUAACAAAAUAGGUACCUGUAAUAUGAACAUGUUGAGGAAAAUCCUGCAGUCCCUUACAGCGGUAUUGUCAGUGAUGUAUUUAGUUCCCUUGUUUUGAUACAUUUAUCAAACUGUUAGCGUGCCUAUAUUCUAGUCAAGUUUGAAGACAGUGGAUCAUGUUGAUAUUAAUUCAUGACAAGCAUGUAUUUUUAGUAGACUGUCUUAAUUGUUAUUUGGAGGGUGAGACUCAGCAGCGUUGUGUUAUCUGGCUUUCUACCGUUUUUGAGAAUAUAUAUACUGAUGUGUAUCUGCA